AUGAACACCGGCAACUCCGCGAUCUCCGCCCCCCCCCAGUUCGGGAGCCAGAAGCCACCCAAGUACGACGAGGACGGCGGCUUCGACCUCUACAAGGCCAUGCUGCAGUCGUACCUGGCGCAACGCGGCUGCUGGGGCAUCUUGGACGGGACGGAGGUGCUUGGAGCGAACCCAUCGACGACGGAGACGGAUCACUUCAACGAGAAGAACGCUUUCGCUGGAGACGCACUGCUUCCCGGCGUGCCGAUCAAGGAUGCGGCGAAGAUCUACACCAUGACGGAGGAGCGCGAGAUGUGGGUGGCCUUCGAGCUCGAGAAGACCAAGCGCAACUACUCAAACUCUCUCUUCGUGCGCAAGAAGUUCUACGCCUACGACUUCACCCGCGGCAUGGACAUGGACCAGUACCUGGACGAGAUGGAGGCGAUGAGACGCCAGCUGCAUAACAUG